AUGCGUUUCUCAACUUCCCUAGCGCUGCUUGCCUGCGCUGAAUUAUCCACAGCACAGUUCGGCAUUAAGUACGACCAGUACGGUGGCAGUCCACCCGUGUACCCAUCCCCGCACACAUCUGGAACAGGAUGGGAAGAUGCUUUGGGAAAGGCUAAGGACUUUGUUGGCAAGCUCACGCCAGAAGAAAAGGCAAGCAUGAUAACUGGCACACCUGGCCCUUGUGUCGGCAACAUCGCUCCAAUCCCACGCCUCAACUUCAAAGGCCUAUGUCUUCAAGAUGGUCCAGCUGCUAUCCGCCAGGCUCUACUUGCUAGCGUGUUUCCGGCCCAGCAUCACCUGGCCGCCACCUGGGACCGCGAUCUGGUCCGCAAGCAGGGUGAGCUGAUGGCCCAAGAGUUUAAGGGAAAGGGAAGCCAUGUAGCCCUGGGUCCAGUUGUCGGGCCGUUGGGGCGCUCCGCAUAUGGUGGGCGCAACUGGGAGGGCUAUUCUCCCGACAAAUAUCUCUCAGGCGCCCUGGUCGAACAGACAAUCGGAGGAAUACAGUCAGCAGGAGUUCAGGCCUGUACCAAACAUUUCAUCGGUAACGAGCAAGAGACCCAACGAAACCCAAGUACGGUGGACGGCGUCAAAGUCGAAGCCGUUUCAUCCAACAUGGACGACCGGACAAUGCACGAGACUUACCUCUGGCCUUGGUACAACGUCGUCAAGGCCGGCGCCGCAUCUGUCAUGUGCUCCUACCAGCGCCUCAACGGGAGCUACUCGUGUCAGAACAGCAAGGCCCUUAACGGUCUGCUGAAAGGCGAGCUUGGCUUCCAGGGCUAUGUGAUGUCUGAUUGGGGCGCCGUACACACAGGAGUUGCUUCGAUUGAAGCUGGUCUCGAUAUGAACAUGCCCGGUGGUAUUUCCUUCAGCUCCAUCGAGGGUGGAUCUUUUUUUGGCAGUAACGUCACCACCGGGCUCAAAAACAAUACACUUGCUGUCGACCGAGUCAACGAUAUGAUCGAGAGGCUUAUGACACCCUACUUCCAUCUUAAACAGGACCAAAACUAUCCUCCUGUGGACGAAACAGGCCCCCAGAUUCCCGGCAGUUUCAACACUGGCGCUUGGCUAUACAACUACACGCUCGGUCCGCUAGUGGAUGUACGUGCCGACCACGGGGCCUUCAUCCGCGAGGCUGGCGCGGCUGGCACCGUCCUCCUGAAGAACGUCAACAAAGCCCUUCCACUCAAGAAGCCUAAGAACAUCGCCGUCAUCGGUAACGAUGCUGCAGAUUUCACCGUUGGAGGGUACACCGCAGGGCUGAACAUGACCGGCUUCAGCAACUAUGACAUUGGAACCCUGCCUAUCGGUGGCGGCUCGGGAACCGGACGCUUCACCUACGUCGUUUCGCCCUUGGAAGCCAUCAAGGCGCGUGGGAAAGACUAUGGUGCCCUGGUGCAGUACUUUACAGACAACAAAUUCGUCGUCGCUGGCGGGCUCAGCAACUUGGCCCCGCAGCCGGACGUAUGCCUUGUUUUUGUGAAAUCUUGGGCCGAGGAGGGAGUAGAUAGAUACUCCCUCUUACCAGAAUGGAAUUCGACCAAAGUGGUCGAGAUGACGGCCAGGAGGUGUGGCAACACCGUCGUCAUCGCGCACGGGGCCGCCCCCAAUGUCUUCCCUUGGCGCGACAACGAAAACGUCACCGCCAUCAUUGCAGCCCACAUGCCGGGCGAGGAGACUGGCAACGCGAUCGCGGACGUGCUCUUUGGCGACGUCAACCCGAGCGGCAAGCUCCCCUACACUAUCGCCGCGAGCGUCGACGACUACGACAAGAACUUUGUCAACAGCACCGAGCUGCUGCAGUCUACGGACCCCAACGUCUGGCAGGCCGACUUUGUCGAGGGCCAGCUGAUCGACUACCAUGCGUUCGACGCGCACAACAAGACGCCCGCCUACGAGUUUGGCUUUGGGCUCAGCUACACUACCUUUUCGCUUUCUGAUCUCAAGAUCGCCGUGUCGGCGACCAACGCCUCGCGCACGCCCUCGGCCAACGCCAAGGUCCUGCCUGGCGGCAACGUCGAGCUGUGGGACGUGCUGGCGACGGUGACUGCCACGGUCAAAAACACGGGCGACGUCGCAGGCGCUGCGGUGCCGCAGCUGUACAUCUCCCUGCCAGGCGGCGAGGCUGGCAGCGGGACGCCGGUGCGGGGUCUUCGGGGGUUCGACAAGAUCAAGCUCGGCGCCGGGGAGGGUAAGGCUGUGGAGUUCCAACUGACCAGGAGAGACUUGAGCUUCUGGGAUACCAAGGCGCAGGCUUGGAGGCUCCCGACAGGGACCAUCGGUGUCGAUGUUGGGUUUAGUUCUAGGGACUUGAUUCUCAAGGGGGAGGUCAAGGUUUAA